GGUCAGGACUUGCCCACGGCUAUUUAUAGAUCAUAACGUAAACACUUGAUCUGAGAGAGAAGCUUUCUAUUUUCUGUUAGAGAGGAGAUUGCUUGACAUGGGAUUGUUACUCUUUCUAUGGUCUUUUACAUAACUAAUCAUCGCCUUGGAUUUCCAUUGACUGUCCUGUGAUCCUAUCAGUCUGCGCACAUUCAAGCCAUGGCGACAGCCCCCGCUGAGUAUGUGAUACUUGAUAUGAAUGCUAAUGGGGACUCCAAAGCAGGGAUGAGAGAGAAAAGAAAGCAUCACAUUGCAGAUGUGUUAAUGUCAAAAAGCCCCCUGGUGGUUUGCCUACAAGAAUUUGUCUGGGUGGGUAUUCAUUCGAGGGGAUGGAAAGAGUUUGAUGUUCCCGACCAUUUUCAGUAUGAAGGCCACAAAGAAGCAGGUUUCAUAUUUGAUGCAAGGGAAAUCACAUACUCGAGGAUUGACAACAAAACAUCAGUGCGAAACAUGUAUGACAACAUGGUGAAGAGAAGUGACAUGGUCUCAGACUACUUUGAGCUGCCAAGACUUUGCGUCUUUAAAAUACAGAGCAAAGGGGCUCCUCAUUUUGAGAUCCUCUGUGCCAGUUGGCAUGGUCCUCAUAGGGUGUCUAUGGAGAAAAAGAAAAAGGCUCUUGAUACGUUGGUCAAGUUUCUUCUGAAACUGAAAGUGGAAGAGGAGAAUAUUCCACUCUUGCUUGGGGGUGACUUCAACAUGCCAGCAUCUGCUGUGGAGAGAAGACUCCCUUCGAAUGGCAGUCUGAUGCUAAACACGCCAGAUGACUCGUCUAUAGAUAUGUUCAUCGUGAGCUCUGAUAUAGUGCAAAUAUUUAGCAUUUCAAAAGUUCAUACCAUGAAAAAACAUUCAGCAUUUGACCAUUUGCAUUUGGAAAUGAAUUUUGUAAAUGACACUAACCUUGAAGAACAAAUUAAGACUAAUAAAUUGUCAACAGGGGACAAAGGGCCACAUGCAUGUAUAUGUUCUGAACAAACAUUGUCAGCAAUGAAGAAGAUAACAUCGCCAUCAGUGGUUGCAUCCAAACAGAACACUGAAGGCCAAAAAAGAAUGAAAGAGGCAAAGGGUGCAGAUAACAAGAUGCCAAAAAGUUCUGAACAAACAUUGUCACUAACGAUGAAAAAAGUAUUGCUAUCAGAGGUUGAAUCCAAACAGAAAGCUAAAGGCCAAGAACGAAUGAAAAAGGCAAAGAGUAUGAAAUAACAAGCAGAUGUCUUCCUUUCAUCUGCACUACCCAGAUAAAUAUCAAUCCCUGUCCAUUUGUCACCGAAAGUUAAUUUUCAGACACGUGUAUAAACAUCUGACCCACCAUGUUAUGGUUGGAAAGGCAGCAAUUCAUGUAUAACAAUACUUGAAUUACCAUAUUUAUAACAUACUGACUGAUUGUUUUCCAGUAUGAUACGUAACAAGUUUACAGCCAUAUGACAGCAGGCUGUAAAAGAAGAAGUCAGGACGACACAGUACAGUGCUUGAUAUGUGAAGCUCUUAAGUGGAUUCUUACAUGAGUCAUAGGUUGUAACUUUGGACCAGUGUUACCCAGAAUCCCUACAAACAAGGGUGGUGUUGAUUCAAAUGUAUUUGGGAACAUUUCAUAGCACAGGGGCAACCCUCUCAUCCUGUAUGGAGGUAUUCUGAUUCAAUAAUGCAUGUAGAGAAUUCCAUCAUAAUUUCAAAUGUUGACCUAUGCUGAAGGAUUGUUUGAUUGGUUGGUAACAUACAGUACAAUGAAAAAAAGAAGUCGGGCAGUGAGUGGGAGAAUGGAGUGACGAAUGUUUCCUGAUAAUCUAGCUUCAUACAAUGGAGGCAUUAAACAAUGGAUAAUCAAAGAUCUUUAAGAUUGAUUUGGUUCAAACAGAAUUCGCUGUCAGGAAGAGGAAGAGAUGGAAUUGUCCUUGUGAAGGUGACAGGUAGCACCUGCGUGAGACUAUGAGUGCCUUAAAGAAUACCUGAUGUUUUCAUCUCAAGAAAACAACAUGGCAGUUGCUGAAAAAUGUAGAAACACAUUUUGCUGCACCAAUCUUUAUUUGUGUUUGUUGUCAAACUUCAUACCUGAUGUAUAUAUGGAACGGAUAUAUAGUCUACCUUUUCUAUGUAUUAAGUGUUGAUGUCACUGGAUUAGAAGCUGCUAAUUUUACAGCUAUGAGUAUGAAUUUGGAAAGACUUAAAAAAAACCCCAUCAACUGGUUAAAAAACUCAAUCAGUAUUUGUUUAUAGCUCAAAAAUGUAUUUAUUUUCAAAUGGUGUAAGAAUAAAUUUCAUACUCUAAAAUGUUAAAAGAU